AUGUUCGCUCUCGCUGCGCGCUUCUCUGAUUUGACCUAUCUCAAAGAUCUUGCACCAACAGAGCGAGGAAAGCCGUAUGCCGCGGAAGCAGUGAAGGUGUAUGACUCAUCCAGACAAGCACCAGAAGAGCCAAACAUGAACCACCUGCAAGGCUCAAUACUUCUUGCUUUUUUCUUUUACACCACUGGACCUUCAUCGAAGGCCUGGGUAUUGACGGGUAUUUUGAUACGCCUGGCGUAUGAUUUGGAAGUCGACCAGACCGACAAGAUAGGCAGGAAUGUGUUCCCUUCAAAAGACUGGAUAGAGCUAGAGGAAAUUCGAAGAGCUUGGUGGCUAGUGUGGGAACUUGAUACGUUCGCAUCCAUCACUUGCAACCGUCCAUUUGCUAUACCGCGAGAAGAAGUUCCAGUGUUCCUCCCUGUUUCGGAUGAGGCCUGGUUCUCGGGCACAUCUACUGCCUCUACUACUCUCAAAACGACACCUGAAGAUGCUUGGAAGUCUUUGCAGGGAUCUGAAAACCAAAACCCUCGAGCUUGGUUUCUGGUCGCCAAUUAUCUCAGUUCAGUUGCCCUUGCACCUCAGUCGAGGAGUUAUGAAGAUAUAUUAUCGAUGGACCUUUCAGUCAACUGUUUCCGCUUUGCUCUACCGAAGGCUUUCCAUCCGCCUUUCCAGAGGCAUCUGAGCUGCGAUCAAAUGGCUGAAAGAAACUGGGUCAUCUGUACGUUCCUAACACUAUCUGCAUACAAGGCCUUGCAAGUCCCGAACAACCUGCUGGCAACGGCGACGGCGGACUAUGACCCUCGUAUAAACUCUCUUCGGGCCUUUAAUGCAGAACUAGCAUACAUCGUGGAUGCUUGGCCAACUGAUGCGCUUACUGUGUGUCAGCCCCUGAUAGCAUGCACUCUAAUUGCUUCUCAUCAUCUUUCGCGGGGAUUAUCGGACUCGCUGGAGGAUUCUUCAAUCAGACUUGGUCGUGCACUCAUCGAGGAGCUCCUCAAGAGAUUUGCUGCUACCUGGGAGAUUGGUAUGAAUUUACUAAGUUAG